GCAGUGUGUUGUGUGUUGUCGCCGGCGGCGCAGUGCGUUUUCCCUCGUGUGUUUUGUGCGCUGUGCGGUCGCGGAUGGUCGUCAUCCUGAUCGUGUCGCCGCCCGCGCCCUGCGAUGCCGCCAGCUCCGCCGCCACCACCACCAGCGUGUCGCUCAUCUCUUCCUCUUGUGCUUCGCAGGUCGAGCCCGACGGCACCGUCGCCACCACCAAGGAGGAGGAAUGGGUGACGAAGAAGAAGACGGAGCUGACGACGCGCCGUCAGAUCGAGACGCGCGUCAAGCGGCAGGUGGUGCUCGAGGGCGGAAAGGUGGUGGAGGACUCGGGGCCCAUCGUCACCACCUCCACCACCGAGGACACCGAGAAGGAGGAGCACCAGCAGACGGAGCACCGGACGUCGGGCGAUGACCCUCCGCAGGGUGAAGAGUGGGCCGCCACGGAGGGCCCGGACGGGCUGGUCCGGGAGGUGCGGGAGCACACCGUCAAGAGCCGCGAGGAGCGGGAGGAGCGCGUCGAGACAGAGGACGUCAAGCACCUGGGCGACCUCACCGACGAGGCCUAUCUGGCAGCGGUGUGCAGUGGUCAGGACGUGCGCCUGGCGCUGACAGAGGGCGGCGACGGCGCCAGAGGGGACCAGCUGGUGGAGGCGGCGGGGGCGGGCGAGGGCCCGCGGGAGGUGCACCGCUCGGUGCGCGCGGUGCGCGUCACCGACACGAGCGACGUGCUCAAGCAGAGCGCUCGUCAGCCCGACGGCCGGCUCGUCACCGAGACGAGGGAGACCCGCGAGCGGGAGGAGGUGCGCGACGACGAAGCGCCGGACCCCGAACACACCGGCGACGAGGAGGAGAGGGAGGUGCGCCACGAGAGCUCCCAGAGGCACGCCAGGCUCAAGGACGAGCACGUCGUCGAGUACCUCGCCGACGGCGUCAAGAUCGGCGAGGAGAUGAGGUACGUGUCGGAGGAGGCGGAGGGCUCCCGCGAGGGAGGCGCGGACCCCGCAGACCUGCAGUGGGACAGCCUCAGCACCAGGGUGCGGCGCAUGCGCAGGGCGGCCGCCCCCGCAGACCGCAAGGACGCGCUCACCAAGAGGCCGCUAGACUUCGACCAGGAGGAGGAGACGCGCAAGGCGGAGACGUCCAAAUGGCUGGAGCACCACUUCGGCAGCGAGUCGCGCUCCUCCAAGGGCUCGCUGGACGACGAGGAGGCGGCGGCGCCGGCCACCAACACGAGCUUCAUCAACGUGACGAUGAAGUCGCGGCCACUGGCGGGCCACGGCCGCAGCCGCUCCCCGGCGCAGCCCGCCCCGGGCCGCGGCUACGUCGCCACCGUCAACUCGUCGGCGCGCGUCUUCGUGUCGUCGCCGGAGCCCGAGGAGCACGCCCCCGCCGCCCCCGCCGCCGCCGCCGCCGCCUCCGUGCCGCCGCCGGUGUCGCCGCCGUCCAGCAACGGCGCCUCCGCUGGCGGGUUCUUCCGCGGCGUCAGCGAGUGGUCGGAGCGCCGCAAGGCCGCCCCGCAGCCCACCGUGGUCGUCAGCACCAGCCACGUGCCGCCCCAGAGGGUGCAGGUGCUGCCGACCGGGCCCCACCACACGUUCUCGCCGCUGAACGUGGAGAGGCGCGCGUACAACGGCGUGCCGGAGCGCAGCUCGCCGCAGUACAACGGCAGCGUCGACCGCGUCUCGUCGCCGUACAGCGGCAGCGCAGACCGCGUGACGUCACCGUUCGGCGACCGCGACAGGACGCGGUCGCCGUCGCCGCCGCUGCAGGCGCAGCCGCAGCCGCAGAGGCUGCUGGUCAACGGACACUCGCCCGCGCUGCGCGUCGCGUCCUACGGCAGCGCCGCCGAGAGAGACAGAGACCUCAGCAUCAGGGAGUCGCCGACGCCGCCGCGCGCCAGGGAGCGCGAGCGCGAGGACGGCUACCCCAGGAGGCGCUACCAGAGCGAGGAAGACGACGUGCCCAGCGACGGGUACCGGGGGCAGCAGCGCGGCUGGGAGAGGCAGCGCCGGCGGCAGCGGGAGCCGGACACGGGGGCGGAGCUGCCGGAGGCGGGGAAGGCGCGCCGCCACCCGGAGCCGCCCCCGGACUACUCGCCGCCCACGCCGUCGCCGUCGCCGCCGCCGGAGGAGCGGCCGGGCGCCAAGAAGGUGUUCCAGCGCACGCGCUUCUCGGCCGACAUCCCGCCUCCGCCGCAGCCGCAGCCGCCCCCGCAGCAGACGCACAAGCGCUCCAUCGGCGAGUCGUUCCGCAAGCUGGUGGGCAAGUUCCGCACCUCCAGCUCGGAGCGCAAGAAGCAGCAGCAGCAGCAGCGCAAGGGAGGCAAGCAGCGGGCCGGGUCAAGGUCACCGUCGCCUUCGCCUUUCAACAGCAACAGCACAGGCUCCGGCAGCAUUCCUGGGAGCAAGGCGGCGGCGGCAGCGGCGCGCGCCGGCGUGGGCGGCGCAUGCGCGGUGGACGCGGACGGCUGGGAGGGGGGAGCCAGGCCCUCCGCGCCACCGCGGGCCUCGCGGUCGGCUCAGUCGCGCUCCAGCAGCGGCAGCGGCAACAUGACGCAGCACCAGCGCAGGUUCUACCUGGGCGAGGACCCCUUCGGCGGCAGCAUCUACGGCCGCGAGCGCGAGUACGACGGCGUGGUGCCCGCGCGCAGGAAGCACCGCCAGGUCAACGGGCAUCGCCGCCACGACGAAGAAGACGACCCCGCGAGGUACCACAACGGCGUGAACGGCAGCUCGCUGGGCCGCUUCAGCAAGUCGACGAGCCGGCUGGUGACGUCGGCGUCGUCGACGACGCCGCCGCCGUCGGCGACAGUGGACUACACGCGCAGCGCGCAGACGCUGCCGCGCAAGCUGUACGACGACCACGGCUCGGGCUCGGGCUCCGGGUCGGGCGCCGGCGGCCGCAUCAAGCGCUCGCUGUACGCGCAGCAGAAGAGCGCCGCCGCCAACGGCAGCACCAUCAACGUGUCCAUCAUCAACCACGUGACGCCGCCGGGCCCCGCCAAGCCGGCGCGCACCUACCGCUCCAGCCUGGCGCGCUCGCAGAGCUUCAAUGUGCACGCGCUCUCCUCCGCGCCCGCGACCGCCCCCGCCGCCCCCGCGCCCCUAGGCACCGCGCUCAACGGCGGCCUCUACAAGUCCAACCCGCAGCUCCACCGGCUUGACGAGUCUCCGCCGCCGCUCAAGAGCCCCGGCAUCCUGGCCAGCAUCUCUCGCAGCCAGCGCGACCUCACCAGGGCCGCAGACCCGGAACCGGACGUCGACCGCCUGCACCGCGCCUCCAACUUCACAGACGCCAAGUUCUCCAGGAGCACGAGCAACCUGGUAAACAACGGCGGGCUGAGCCCCCGCGAGAGCAAGCGGCGCGUCUUCCUGCAGGAGCUGCGCGAGCGCGCGCCCGAGCUGUACCGCACGCUGCACGCCAGCGACGACGUCGCCAGCGACCUGAGCGCCGAGCCGGCGCCGCCCUCGCGGCCCGCGCGCGCCGCCCACCGCCCCUACCGCAACGGCGCCGCCCCCCGCGCCGCCGCCGCCGCCGCCAACCUCGACUACAGCAGCUCCUUCCGCUCCUCCAGCACCGCCGACUCCCCGUCGUACCGGUCCACAGACAAGCGGACACCGCUGGUAAACGGUUCCGGCACCACAACUAGUGUGGAGCGGCGGCGGGGCAGCGGCAGUGAUGACUACUCGGAGACGGUGCGCAUUACGUCGACCGUGGAUGACCCAGUGAGGCCCAGUGUGAUCAACACCGUGCAGAGCUUCACCAAGAAGACGGUGCCGCUGAGAGGCGGGCUCUCCACCGAGACCAUAGAGUCCAGUGAGACGACGACCGUCACCAAGAGCCGGUACACCCCAUCGCCGAGGCUGCUGGAUGGGCCCUCGUCAUCACACAACGGUGGCGUCGUCAUUGAGGUGCGGCCAAGGAAGUGAACUGGAGCCUCGACUGCUGCGAGCUAUCUGUAGUCUCGCGAAUCUACUCGCGGAAAGAAAAACUCUCUACUUCUUGAGAAUCCUCCCUCUUCCUUGAAGUAGAUCCCUCAGGUCGUAAGAUACUGUUCCUGCUUGUAAGGCAGAAAGCCAGUUGCUGAGAUGACCCUGAAAUGAUGCUUCUUGUAUGCAUUCUUUCUGUCACCAUAAGCAUCUUUCCUACAUAGCCGAGCUGAUUAUGAUUCACACCACCCACUAUUGCAUUAAACCACUGAUGUAUUUCUCAAAAUUUGUGCCUGUUUGAUCCCCCGUGGAACUAUGAACAACUGCAUGUGUACUAAGUGCCACAUACGUAGAUCAAUGCUGCUAUUAUUAUAUACUCACGAGUUUUCCUGCUGAUGUCUUAUAUGGGGUAUUAUCUGCAUUCUGAAGUGCCUAUAGUAAUAGAGAAAUAUCAGUGCCCCUUUGUUGAAGAAAGACAUUUUUAAAAUCUAUAUUUGCUAGACAGUGCCUCAAAAUAACACUCAGGAAUGAAUAACAUUCUACUGAAAUAACGCUGUAAAUUACACCAACUGACAUUAAAAAGUGAGAAAGCUCUGACACUAAAGUAUGAUCUAUUUUUAACAUUAUGUGGCACUGCUAUAGUAUGAAGCUCGAUUAUGUACUUAAAGACAGUUCAGAUGUUGUAGUCUGGAAUGUUCCUUACUUCCGUUUUUAUCUGAAAUUCAACACACUGCAUUGUUUCUAUAGAGCACCUCAACAAAAUUACAUAUAAACAUAUUCGUCUCAAGGUCCCACUAAUAUUUUUUUAGUUGUAAGACUUUAGCAGACAAUACAUAGUCCUCUCCUGAUCAUCAGUGCAAGGAAAUCAUCAGUUACAUUAAUUACCAAAGCUAUGAAAGAAAUGUUUCAUAUCUGCAGAACAAUUCAUCUCAUAUUAAAGUGUGAGAAAAGAACUUUUUUACACUCAUUCAGCACUUUUAGUGCAAAAUAGGUUACAAGUGUAACAGCUCCAACAGGUUGAUUAACAUGUGUCUUUAGAAAGAUCAUCUGUACAACAUACUACAUUUGAAGUCAUUCUGCAAUAUUCAUACAAUAAAUGACCUGUUGUAAAGUAUCUGUGUCACAUUUUUGUGAAUUCAGUAUCCAGUCAAAGUGCCAACAUAUAAAAUUAUGUUUUAUUUUGUUGUUUAAUUAAUGUAAUUACUGGUAAAAAUCACAUACAGUAGAUAUAAUAUUGGUGCUAAAAUAUGAUGUCCAUAUAAUAUAGAUAUCAUUUGUGGUUUUAUACCCUAUAGUGUGAUUUAUGUAACAAAUUAAAGUGAUAUAAAUAUGAUAUAUUAACCAGUUAAAGAAAAAUAAUAUAGUUGAGAGAAAUGCUAGCAUAUUAAAGGCAUGUGCUGCAAAUGUAUUCAGGGCAUAUGAAUUUAGAAUUUAACAGUACUGAAGAUUAAGUUAGGUUUAAAACUAAUUUUGACAAUUAAUAGAUGUACAAUAUAAAUACAGCACAUCGAGUAAUUUGAUCAAAACUCUGCUUAAGUGAGGGCUGUAUGUGUAACACAUAAUUUUCAUAUAUAGCAAAUACUGCAUAUUUUUGUUUUUUGUAUCAAAAACAUUAAAAUUUUUCAAUAAAUACAUUAAUACUA